UGGUGGCGGCGGCGGCGGCGGCAUGGCGGAGCCGAGCGGGGCCGAGACGAGGCCCCCCAUUCGGGUCACCGUCAAGACCCCCAAGGACAAGGAGGAAAUUGUGAUCUGCGAUCGAGCCUCGGUCAAGGAGUUCAAAGAGGAAAUCUCCCGGAGGUUUAAGGCCCAGCAGGACCAGCUCGUCUUGAUCUUUGCCGGCAAGAUCCUCAAGGAUGGGGACACACUGAACCAGCAUGGGAUCAAGGAUGGGCUCACUGUCCAUCUGGUCAUCAAGACCCCUCAGAAGGUUCAAGAUCCGGCUGCUACCACUGCUUCUUCCCCCUCCACUCCUGACCCUGCCUCUGCACCCUCCACCAUGCCUGCUUCACCCGCCACCCCUGCCCAGCCCUCCACCUCUGGCAGCACCACUUCAGAUGCUGGCAGUGGAAGCCGGAGGAGCAGUGGGGGGGGGCCCUCCCCAGGGGCUGGGGAGGGACCCCCCAGUGCAACUGCGUCCAUACUCUCUGGCUUUGGGGGCAUCCUGGGGCUGGGCAGCCUGGGCCUGGGCUCUGCCAACUUCAUGGAGCUGCAGCAGCAGAUGCAGAGGCAGCUGAUGUCCAACCCUGAGAUGCUGUCGCAGAUCAUGGAGAACCCCCUGGUCCAGGACAUGAUGUCUAACCCCGACCUGAUGCGCCACAUGAUCAUGGCCAACCCCCAGAUGCAGCAGCUGAUGGAGCGGAACCCCGAGAUCAGCCAUAUGCUCAACAAUCCUGAGCUCAUGAGGCAGACCAUGGAGCUUGCUCGGAAUCCAGCCAUGAUGCAGGAGAUGAUGCGGAACCAGGACCGGGCCCUGAGCAACCUUGAGAGCAUCCCCGGAGGGUAUAAUGCCCUCCGUCGCAUGUACACGGACAUCCAGGAGCCCAUGUUCAGUGCUGCCCGUGAGCAGUUUGGCAACAAUCCCUUCUCUUCCCUGGCCGGGAACUCCGACAGCUCGUCCUCCCAGCCUCUGCGGACUGAGAAUCGAGAGCCCCUCCCUAACCCCUGGAGCCCCUCGCCCCCCACCUCCCAGGCCCCCGGGUCCGGUGGGGAGGGCACCGGAGGAUCGGGGACCAGCCAGGUGCACCCGACAGUCUCGAACCCCUUUGGGAUCAAUGCGGCUAGCCUGGGGUCAGGGGUGUUCAACAGCCCAGAAAUGCAGGCCUUGCUCCAGCAGAUCUCUGAGAACCCUCAGCUGAUGCAGAAUGUGAUCUCAGCCCCGUACAUGCGCAGCAUGAUGCAGACGCUUGCCCAGAACCCCGACUUUGCUGCGCAGAUGAUGGUGAACGUGCCACUCUUUGCGGGGAACCCCCAGCUGCAGGAGCAGCUCCGCCUGCAGCUCCCAGUCUUCCUGCAGCAGAUGCAGAACCCGGAGUCACUCUCCAUCCUUACCAACCCCCGCGCCAUGCAGGCACUGCUGCAGAUCCAGCAGGGGCUGCAGACCUUGCAGACCGAGGCCCCUGGGCUGGUACCCAGCCUUGGCUCCUUUGGGAUGUCCCGGACUCCAGCACCCUCAGCAGGCAGCAACACUGGGCCUGUGCCCGAGGCCCCCAGCUCCUCCCCAGCCACGCCAGCCACAUCUUCUCCAACAGGGACUUCCAGUGCCCAGCAGCAGCUCAUGCAGCAGAUGAUCCAGCUUUUGGCCGGAAGUGGAAACUCACAGGUGCAGACUCCGGAAGUGAGAUUUCAGCAGCAACUGGAGCAGCUCAACUCCAUGGGUUUCAUCAAUCGUGAGGCCAACCUGCAGGCCCUGAUUGCCACAGGAGGGGACAUCAAUGCAGCUAUUGAGAGACUCCUGGGCUCUCAACUCUCCUAAUCCCUCGGCCCAUGCCUCCUGCCUCUCCCUUCCUUCCAUGCCAGUGUUUGGUUCUCUCACAGUCCCCACCCUCUGGAGCUUGUCAUCUACUCUGUUUUCUCUCUUGUCCUCCCCAGACAGCAGAGCAAUUUAGAGGCAUGGGCCUUAAUCCUGUAGCUCUAUCUAAGAAUUUUGGUUUACUUUUACAUCUCUGAUUGAAUCUUCUCUCCUGAUCCUCCUUGAGCACAGCUAUUUAAACACUUUUCAGGUUUGUUUGAUUGGCCCCACCUCCUUGCCCCACCACAAACACCUUUUAUAAUCUGCAAACUUCUCGGUGGCAGUGUAGAAUCAAAAGAGGAACCAGCUAUCUGGUUUACUGGAACAGAGUCUUCCAUCUGUACGGGUAGGGUUUUCUUAUCUUAUGUUUAUUCUUGGUAACUCUUCCUUCUUUCUCUCCACCACUCCCUCCUCCUCCUAGCCCAACCUCUGCUAAGAAAAGGCACAAAGCUAGAAUUUCACACUCUGAAGGAGGGACAGGUAAAACAGGCUAUCUGUGACUUUCCUCCUCACUCCCUGUCCUGAUCCAGUACUUUUUUGUGGAUUCUGUUGGGGCUUCCAGGGGGAGGAGGAGGACCCUGUUUGUUCUCCCUGUCUGAAGGGGAAGAUAAGUCACAGCCUUCUGGUCAAAGAUUUAGCAAGCCCUGGACCAGCCGAGUGGAGAUGGGUGCAGAAGAGGAGGGAAUGAGAUUUUCUGGAGGAAAGGAAUGGGAGGGGGAUUAAUAAAGGCUUGGAAACUGGAGUUGACAGUUAGGGAAUAGGAGCGCUAGUAGUUUUUUUUAGGUGGGGGAGGUUAGGCCCAGGACUGGCAGAGGAGACUUAGAAAUGCUAAUGGAUUUGAGUUGAAGAAAGGGGCUCAAUGAAGCUUAAGAGUGUUGGCUCACAAGGGGUCAUAUUGGCUCCAUUUCUUCAAAUACACAUGCUUAUACACACACACAUGCACCUUUCCAUGAACCCAAACCUGCCUAAUGCCACUGUCUUGAGCCCCUCUCAAAAGACCUGGAGGGCACUGAGAUCUAUCUCAGCAGUGGGGAGUUGGGUGAAUGAGUGUGUGUGUGUGUGUGUGUGUGUAUGCACGUGAGUUGGGGUGGGAGGUGGAUUCUUUGUGGAUUUCUGAUCCAGAGCUCUCUCUAACUAAAGAGUGGAUAGAAUGGCCAGUCUGGGAUAGGAAUGGCUAUAGGAAGGAGAGCUAGGUCCCUUCGACUUCUGGGUACUGGAUAACCCAAGGGUAGUGUGAGGUACCCCUUCUGAAGCAGUCAGGACUGUGACCAGCACUUUUAUUACCCUUCAUUCUGGUAAUGCUUUAGGGGGACAGGAGAGGAGUCUUUCCCUCCAGAAAUCAUGGCCUUUGGCUUCCUAGCCCCUGCUCUUUCAGUUCUUCACAGUUUUCCUCCAGGCCAGAAAAUUCUGUUUGAGGAGGGAGAGGAGAGGAUGGCAGUGAUGCCUUUGAUCUGGAAUUGGACAUUUGCUCUACUGGAGCACAGAGGAGGCUCAUACCACAUCCUCCCUCUGCUACACGGCCCAGCUGCUUGGAGGACCCAUGGCUGAGAAUAUGCAGGCAAGAGGAACAGAGUUUUGCUCCAAGUGGAAGAGGGUCCUAAGCAGUCCAGAGAGGAUGUCUGUGUGACUUUCCUUCCCUAUUUCCCCCAACUCCCACACUGGCCCUUGUAAAUAAAUGGCGUGGUCUUCAUUGU